GAGAUCGAUCGGGUCAAAGGUUAUGUUGACUAAUUGAGAUCCUGCCAGCUGGAGCGAGAGCGAACUUUCACCAAAAGGGCUACCUGUGGCAAUCAAACUGGCAACCAGACGAAGCAUCAGCUUGAAUGGCUCCUCCCAUUCUCUAGCCUCAAUGGGGGCUCCAUGGGGAGAGAGCAUGGAAGAAAACCAAGCCGAGGGGGAGCAUUUCUUCUCCAUCAACCAUGCAGAGAGAACCUUCAAGAAGAUGCAGGGUUAUCUUCACAGACGACAGCUGACGGACGUGGUGCUCAUCGCUGGGGACGUACGGAUCCCUGCUCAUAGAUUGGUGUUGAGUUCGGUGUCUGAUUACUUCGCAGCGAUGUUUACUAAUAACCUACGGGAAUCGCAGGAGACUGAGAUACAGCUAUGGAGUAUGGAUCCGCCUGCACUCAAAGCUUGUAUCCAGUAUAUCUACACAGGUGAAGUAGUGUUGAAAGAGAGUAACGUUGAAAGGUUGCUUGCCACAGCUAGUAUCCUACAGUUGUCAGAAGUUGUAGAAGCUUGUUGUGGGUUUCUUGUCAAACAACUCCACCCAUCUAACUGCUUAGGAAUCCGAUCAUUUGCUGAUAGACAGAGCUGUACAGAUCUACUCAGGGCAGCACAUAAUUACACUAUGGAACAUCUAGUGGAGGUGACUCAGAAUCAGGAGUUUCUAAUGCUAGGAUCAGACGAAGUUUGUAACCUCUUCUCUAGCGAUGAUCUCAAUGUUCCUAAUGAAGAGACGGUGUACUAUGCCUUGCUGGCCUGGGCUAACUACGAUGUGGUAUCUAGACAAUCUGAGAUUGCAAAGCUGCUUGAACAUAUCAGACUCCCACUGCUCUCACCACAAUUUCUAAGUGAUGCUGUAGAUAACAACCCAUUGUUUAAAGGAGAUGAUAAAUGUCAGAGGUUAAUAAUGGAUGCAAUGAAGUAUCAUCUAUUACCAGAGAGAAGACCUUUAAUGCAGAGUGCUAGAACCAAACCAAGAAAGUCUACUGUAGGAGCUCUAUAUGCUGUAGGAGGAAUGGAUAGUACUAAAGGUGCUACAAACAUUGAGAAGUAUGAGCUUCGUACCAAUGUAUGGACUCACGUAGGUCAUAUGAGUGGAAGAAGACUACAGUUUGGGGUGGCAGUCAUUGAAGAUAAGCUCUACGUGGUAGGAGGUCGUGAUGGACUCAAGACAUUGAAUACUGUGGAGUGCUAUUAUCCGGCUUCUAAAACAUGGAAUAUGCUGCCCUCUAUGGGGACUCAUAGACAUGGUCUAGGUGUUGGAGUGCUAGAAGGUCCUAUGUACGCUGUUGGUGGUCACGAUGGUUGGAGCUAUCUUGCUUCAGUAGAGAGAUAUGACCCUCACAGUAAACAAUGGAGUUAUGUGGCACCCAUGUCAACCCCUCGAAGUACAGUAGGAGUAGCAGUCUUAGACAGAAAAUUGUAUGCUGUAGGUGGUCGUGAUGGUAGCUCUUGCUUACGAUCCAUGGAGGUUUAUGAUCCACACACCAACAGAUGGUCUCUAUGUUCACCUAUGUCUAAACGCCGAGGGGGACUGGGUGUAGCUGUAUGUAAUGGUUGUCUGUAUGCCAUAGGAGGACAUGAUGCACCAGCUACACAACAGAGUUCUAAACAGUUUGACUGUGUAGAGAGAUAUGACCCGCGUUCAGACACGUGGUGUACGGUAGCCCCAAUGAGUCUUUGUCGAGAUGCUGUAGGUGUAGCUGUACUAGGAGAUCGUUUGUUUGCUGUGGGUGGAUACGACGGCCAGACGUACCUGAGUGCAGUAGAAUGCUAUGAUCCACAAACAGGAGAAUGGUCUACAGCUGCCUCACUCACACCUGGUCGUGCUGGAGCCUGUGUUGUACAAGUUCCUGUAACAUAGGAGUCUUUAUUAACCAAUUGGCCACCAGGCCAAGAGAAUCCUGCAUCAAAUCCUAUGAGGAUUAAAGUGUUUGGAAUCCAAUGGGUUUGAUGUUAGGAUACUCAUGAGACCCAAGGCUGACGUCAGCGAUGACUCUCAAAAUCAAUCAUUGAAUCAGGGAAUUUCCCAUCUUUUUGAGAUAAUGACCGAUAUCUUGAAAGUGUUGGUGGUGAAAAAAGUUACUGAAAAUUCUGUAGACUAUUACAACAUGAAGAGGAUACUGUAAUGAGUCAUGUCUUGAUUGAUGUUAUUUGUAAACUGAACAACAACUCCUUAUGGUUUUAAAAGCUGUUUUAAACAUCUCUACAUUGUACUUAUGUUCAUCUGUAAUGAAAUGUAAUGUUGUUGUGACGAGCUGUUUUAUAUUCAAUAGCAAUGUUCUGUGUAAACUGCAUGUAUUUAUUUGACAAGAUCAUAUAAUGUUGUAUAUGAUUGCCAGCAUACAGUAUGGAGGUUUGUUUAUUGGACAUGAUUUAUGUGCCAAAAUGAAUGUAAUGGUAUGUGUGUUGAUUAAUCUCUGUAAUUAAUCUGUAUUUGUGUGAUGUAUGUGGAAAUCCAGUGAAAUGAAUGAUGAAGAAUGUUCUUAUCAUGUGACGUAAUCUCACAAAUGAUGCUUUAUAGCCGACAACUAUUGCAUUGCAUCGAGAGAGCUUCUUAUUGAAAUAAUAAGAAAGAAGUUUCUGUCUCUGGUGUACUGCCAUAAACAUAUAUAACAAACUGUUGGUUAAAAAGGUAUUUCACAAAGAUUUAAGUGUGAUUUAGUGUCAUGCUCUGGCUCUCAUGUGCAUAUAUUUAACACAUAACCCCAUCGUUAUGAUUAUGCAGUAGCGGGUGUCCCUUGAACAUGUUAAGACCAACAUGAUAAUGCAUUAUACAUCAUAUGCAACUCAGAAUGCAAGUGUGAUGUUAAAUCUUUGGGAAACAAUCCCCUGAGAUUCUUAUUUUAUAAAUGUUGCAUUGGGUGGGAGAGCUUUUAUCUCUUUGAAAUGAGAAAGAAAUGCUCUAAUGACGAAGUGGUCUAGGUAAUGAAUAUUGCCAAGUGGUUUACAGUGAGAACAUUUAGGUCUUUUAUUUAAUUAUAAUAUGAUCAUGUAUUAUUGAAGUAAUAUAAGAAUUAUACAUAGUACAUUACAUUACAUUAAACACAUACCAGUAUAUAUGUAUAAGUUAUAUGAGAGGCUUUAUUUGAAAGCAUUUUAAAUAUGAAGUAUCAUAGACAUGAAGAGUAACAUUCAGUGAACAUUUUUGUCUGUCAAGAUGACAGAUCUGAUAACUUUCCUUGAUUCUGAUUUGCUGAGAGGCAUUGUUACAAUGGUAACUGUCAGAUAAAACGGCACUUGUUGGAUAAAAUGUCAGACAAGUCCUUUCAUGAAAGGGUGUUUCAGAAAGAGUUGUGCUUAAAUUUCAACGCAUACACAGUACCUAAUGUGUAACGUCAUUGAUGACUAUGCAGUAAUGUUCAUCCUCUAAGCAUGAUUUGACCAAUGCUGUGAUGUGUUAUAUUCCACAUGCAAAUAGAAUAGAAGUUUAAGUGUGUUUUUGUAGACAAAGUUAAAUUGUUGUGAAACACCCCCAGGAACCUGUAAUAUAAAACUUAGUGAUUGUUAAGUUAAUUUGUACACUUGUUACCAAAGUGGAGCGUCAUGGCCCAGUGGAUUAGUCCCCGGAAUUUGAAACAGAGGGCCAUGGGUUCAAAUCCCAGCCAUGGCGGGAAUUU